GAUUAUCAGCUAAAUGUCAGCAAAGGAGGAGGUUGGGGAGAGUCAUGCACUUGUUGCAUGUAAUGGGAGUGCAUCUAGAAUCAGUGAAACUGGGCUUCAACUUUAUCCAGUUUCUGAGUACGACUCUGGCGAAGGUUUACCAUAUGCUCCUGUAGAUUGGCCAAAUGCUGGUGAUAAGUGGGGCUGGCGGGCAGGGAAACGAGCUACAUCUUCAGGCACCUUUAAAGAUAGAUAUCUGUAUCUUCCGAAGCGUCUUCAGGUUCGGAAAGAUGGAAAGAAUAAUGCUUUUCGAAGUAGGAUUUCGGUUAAAAAGUAUCUCCAGUCUGAGCAUCCUAGUAUGGAUAUCAACCAAUUCUUUGCUUCAUUCAGUUGGAUGAUUCCUUCGAAACAGUCACCGAGCUCAAAAGAUAUUGAUUUUGACUCGGAGAUGAAAGAGAAGACUAAAUCUUCAGGGAAGAAAAUGGAGCCUUUACCGUCUGAUUCCCCUCUUGGAGCUAUUACUUGUAAGGCUGGUAACAGAGUCUGUAGCAGUUUAGCAGCAGAAAAUCCUUUUCCAGAGACCAUGUUUUGUGAUGUCUGUUGCAGUGAGCCGGGUUUUUGCCGAGAUUGUUACUGUAUUCUUUGUUGUAAACCUAUCAGUUCGGACUAUGAGGGUUACAGUUACAUUCGAUGUGAAGCACCAGUAGGUGAUGGCUACAUAUGUGGACAUGUUUCCCAUCUAGAUUGUGCUCUACGAGCUUACAUGGCUGGGACAGUCGGAGGAUGCAUCAGUUUGGAUGCAGAGUAUUUCUGUCGAUACUGUGAUUCAAGGACGGAUUUAGUUUCACAUGCUUCGAAGCUUUUAAACAUCUGCACAUAUGUUGCUUCUCGUGCUGACAUCGAAAAGAUUUUGAAUGUUGGCAUUUGUAUUUUGCGUGGCUCACAAAAAAGGAAUGGAAAAGAGUUGUUGCAUCGUAUCGAAUCAAUCAAGGCAAAGCUUACGAAAGGAGUUUGCAUUGAAGAUGUAUUCAAAAAGGAAAGCUGUGUGGAUAGCACUGGUAACUUCUCUACCUUCUCAUAG